AACAGCAGCAGCACAGAGUGCGUGAGAUGUUACUAACCGCUGGUUUAAACAUCUAAUAGACAAAUCGGUCGUUAAAAAGUUUAUUAAACCUACGCGAAAACGAAGCAAGAUUGAAUGCGGUCGUCGAGCGGCAGAGAAUCAUAAAUUUAAUCUCCCUCCUUCAGCAGACUCCUUUCUGAUGCUAAUAAAGUCCAACUGGCACAGGCAUCAAAAUACAAACAUGUCUGAUCUCAGAAGUCGCAAAGAAUUCUACAAAUAUCUCACUGUGGAGCUGGUGAUAAUGGCGGGCACGAUCAUGCUGGCAUAUUACUUUGAGUACACGGACACGUUCAACGUGCACGUGCAGGGCUUCUUCUGCUACGAGACCGCUUACACGAAACCCUACCUCGGACCCGAGGACAGGAGCGCGGUCCCGCCCGCCCUGCUGUACGCGCUGGUCACUGGAGUGCCCAUAUUAGUGAUCGGCUUGACUGAAACAGUGCUGUUCCUGAUACAGUACACGUCGAAAGACCUCGACAGUCGGGAGAAGACCAUGGUGACGGGAGAUUGCUGCUACCUAAACCCUUUAGUGAGGAGUACUUUCCGCUUCCUCGGUGUUUACUUGUUUGGCCUCUUCACCACAGACAUCUUUGUAAAUGCCGGUCAGGUGGUUACAGGAAACCUGGCGCCUUAUUUCCUUACGGUGUGUAAACCAAACUUCACCGCCUUGGGCUGCCAGCAGGCGCUGCGCUACAUCAGCCAUCAGGAGGCCUGCACGGGAAACCAGGACGAUAUACUGCGCGCUCGCAAGACUUUCCCUUCAAAAGAGGCAGCGCUCAGCGUGUACGCCGCAGUCUAUCUGGCUAUGUACAUCACAUUUACUGUGAAAGCCAAAGGAACUCGUCUGGCUAAACCGGUCACGUGUCUGGGUCUGGUCUGCCUAGCCUUCCUCACCGGUAUUAACAGGGUGGCAGAAUACCGCAACCACUGGUCUGACGUCAUUGCUGGAUUCAUCAUCGGUGUGGCCAUAGCCACCUUUCUUGUGGUUUGUGUGGUCCAUAACUUCAAAGGCAAACAGCUGCUAUAUGAAGACCCUCAACAGGACCCUCUAAGCAACAAUCCCAAUUUCAGUUCACCCAGACUCGACAGUCCCCUAGAAAAGUACAUCGCCUCACAGAAUCACAUCGCCUUCGCUGAGAUCACGUGACCUUGAGUCGCCGGUGUGGCAGACACACUGGACAUCCACGCUGUUUACCGUCCAAUCCCGAUGAUCCGACUCAACGCCACCGCAGUGGUCACGUGCUCUCUAUAGUGUCGUUUUGACUUGCUCCGCCCUCGCUUUGUGUGUGUGGAAAUGUUGGUCCUGUUAACUGAUAACGUACUGUACUGCACUUUUCCAUGACUGGUUCUGCUCGCUUUAAGCGGACCGAUCACAUGAACAGCACUUAAAAUAACUGCUUACGUAUGUCUGGAGAGCACUUUUGUGUGUGUAUAUAUCCAUGUUCAUAAUCGAAAUGGACUAAACUUGCAGUCGUGAAUAUGUGUUUACUUUAUCAUUGAUUCUUCUUUUGUCCUGGUACAUAGAUCUAAAAAUAUAGCUUUGAUCAGCCCUUAAAUUAGUGGUUUAUGGAAAGAAAAUAUUGUUUUUGCUCUAUUAACUCUGUAAACAUAUACAAGAGAUAGAAAUGUUGAAGAAUCACCUAAUUACGUCCUAAAAUGUUUUCAUUCGUAUUCAAUAUUAAGGUUUUUAUUCUUAUUCCUUGUUUUGGAUGAGUGCAUUUAUAAAUACACUGUGCUCAGAAAUCUAAAUUCAGCUAAAAUAUAUGUUGAAAGCUUACGUAAAAAAGAAAAAUACCAAAGCUCAUAUAAACUCUCAUGUACAGUCAUUACUGUACUGUCAGCAUAUAAUCGCCAUCAUUUAGAUAAUUCAUGAGCCAUGACUCAAUUUCAAACAGCGGCCAAUGGGCAUCAUAAUGGGCACAGUAAUGCUAUGCGUGAGCCCUGAGGACUUGGCUGUGAAGAAUUAAUCAUCUGCAAAGACAAUCACCAGUCAUUUCACCGGCGUAAUGGGUCAGUUCAUUUAACCAGUCUUUAACAUAAUGACAGAGAUACACUGUCCAUUCCGGUUUAAUGGCAAACAUCAAUAUAUUUAUCAUGGAUCGAUGUAAAAAAUGUGAAAGAAAUGAGUCCUGCUGUGAUCAUUAAAACAAACCGUGAUACCUCAUGUGUAACGAGGAGAAAGCUGGGGAUAAAUACAUUUUAUUUUGCAAAUAUAAAUUCUGCAUUUCAGUCCUGUUGUUGCACCAUUAAAGAAAAUUUGAGGUUAUUUUUAACUCGUAUAUAUUUGUAGGAUCUGCGUGGUGUUGCUGAUAACCACAGAUGAUCAUUUCAACUCCCUUAUCCCUCAGUUUGUAAAACUAACAAGACAUGGGUCAAAUCAAGCCCAUUGCAUUGUGGGGUAUGGUAUUCCAUUUUGUAUGCUGUACUACUACUGUAUUUACUGUAGAUUUACCGCAAAAAUAGUCAGAGUAAAUUGGCAGCAUGCUAUUUUGAACACAGCCGAUUUAACACCAAUAAAGUUAAGGGCCUAUCUUAUGCUGCGUUCAGACCAGCCACGGUAGAGGUGUCAAGCGCAAGUGAUUUCAGUGUUAAGUCAAUGUGAAGAUGCGUUGACGCGUGUCUGUAUCUCACGGCGCGAAUGAGGCGUUUAGUGCAGCGUGGUAGACACAAUUCUGCCUCAUUUGCGGAUCUAGUUCGCGCGAAUGGCCUGAAUUGAGCGUUGCAGCGGCAAAUGCGCGAGUUAAAAAAAUGGAGCUUUGGUGGAAAAACGUGCCACAUUAACCAGUCGCAGAAGCCCCUCUCAU